GAUUCUUCAGUAGUUUUUUUUUUCCCUUCUUCUUCUUCUUCUCGUUUUCUCUGUUUCGACUUUGUUCUUCGCGAGAAGAUUUGGAUCGUCCAUGUGGACGGGUAUGCGUUCACUGGAAGAUGAGCGGGUUUUUUGUGCUUGCAUCAUGAAAAAAAAAAAAAGCAGUAACAAUUGGAGAGAACUCUGUACAGGAAUUGCCAAAAUUGACGACGACGACAACAACAAGAUCCGCCUUCCCAAAUCCCUUUACCCCUUUCAUGUUCGAGUAUGGCGACUUUGGACCAGUGGAUCAGUUGGUAGAAACAAAGAACUGGUAGAUCGUUUGCAGCAAUAUGGAAUUAUCAAAUCAAAAAGGGUGAAAGAAGUAAUGGAGGCAAUUGACAGAGGUCAUUUUGUACCUCCUGGGAGUACACCAUAUGUUGAUUCUCCCAUGGCAAUUGGUUAUAAUGCGACUAUUUCUGCACCUCAUAUGCAUGCAGCUUGUCUAGAGCUAUUGGCAGAUCAUCUACAGCCAGGGAUGAAAGCUUUGGAUGUUGGUUCAGGGACUGGCUAUUUAACAGCUUGCUUUGCAAUGAUGGUUGGACCAGAAGGUCUUGCUGUAGGGGUUGAACACAUACCUGAACUAGUUGAAUUUUCAACCAAUAACAUCAGGAACAGUGCAGCUGCAUCAUUUUUAAAUGAAGGUUCCUUGUCCUUGAAUGUCGGUGAUGGGAGACUUGGGUGGCCGGAACAGGCACCGUAUGAUGCCAUUCAUGUCGGUGCGGCUGCUCAUGAAAUUCCUCAGAUGCUUAUUGACCAGUUGAAGCCAGGCGGCCGGCUGGUGAUCCCUGUAGGAUCAGUUUUCCAGGAUCUGCAAGUGGUUGACAAGAACAUGGAUGGCUCAGUCAACAUCCGGACUGAAGCAUCGGUUCGUUACGUUCCGCUGACCAGUAAAGCAGCUCAGUUGCAUAACCACUAGCUCAUCGGUGGUCAACACGAUGAAAUGGUGUUCGAAGAAAGAAUCCUGUGACGAUAAGCUAAACCCUUUCGUCUCGUUAGCCUGUCGGUGUUUAUCAAAAUCGUCACUGAGUAUGCACUCAUUCAAAAUCGCUGUGUGCAAUAUAUAGUUUCAUUGUCGUGUUUUUCCUUGUCGAUAGAGAAUGGUUGCUUGUGUUAGUAUGGAAGUACCUUGCUCCAUUAUGAUUGAGAAAGGGUCUACUGAAUUAAAGUUGAGAUGCAUGCUAUCUUGAUUCAAACUGAGUCAUUAUCGAAAUAAGCUUAGCAGUCACUGUGCCGUAGUAAUGGAAGAAAAUAAUUUAGGUUUAAAAUUAUGGCAUUGGAGUCAUUAGCCAAUAAGCGAGCUUCCCCUUCUCCUCGGCAAUUAGUUUGGAUGAGUCGAUCCUAGAGGUAAGACUCAACCUUUCACAUUGUGUUUUUGCUAUCGCAAUAUCUCCUCUCUUUUUUUUCUUUAUAGUGUUUCAUUGUUAAAGAAAAACGAAGAGGAAUUUUAGCGCAACAAUGAAGUUGUCGUGGUCUUUUGUAAUAUAGGAUAAGAUUUUGAUCCAGUCCGGAAGCUGAGUCGGAUGAAGACGAACUUUGAUGUACUGGAAGUUGACGGAAAGUUGCCGCGGCGUCGGAUCUACUUGGCACCCCUCGGAAAGAUUCGUAUGGGCGGAUGAUGAAGGGAGAUGACUAGGAUGAUGACACUACGACUCUGCGCACACUCAGACGAGUCCACCAAUCGUUAGAGACCAGAAAUCAAGAAAAAAAUCCCCGGAUCAGGUCUUCCGACGCUCAAGUCAAAUACUUUUUCCCAAAAAAACACGUAUAAUAAAAUCUUUUUCGGAAUACAGUAAAAGAUUCAUGCAUCUUUUAUCUUUAAAGCUAAAGAGAGACAAACAACCUUCCAAUGUAUCUGGCAAUAUCUUCUCAAAAUUUUCCAUUAUUUCUUUCCAAAAUAAAGCAAAAAAAUGAACCCCAGAGUGUAUCUCUUCAAUUUUCCUUAUUCGAAUUUGAGACCAAAAAAAAAAAUUUAUCUAUAUUACCUUUUGUUGCAUCUCUCGAUCCUCAACUCUUCAUGGACUCCAUCCCCGUCGAUCUCCUUCAUGCUUACCAUGACGAAGAACGUCGGAUUUUCUCCCGCAUGGUGUUCAUCCUUGGCUUGGAACCAAAUUUAUCGAUGAAGAUCAUAGCUUUUUGGUUGUGGUUAGAAGAAAACAAAUGUAAAGAUGUCGUCCAAAGGCUUAACUCCCUAGACGAUAGGUAUCUUCUUAGCGUUUGUGAUGUCGCCAACUCAUUUUUGGAUUCCCUUCAACUUAGUUAUUCGUCUAUGGAUCAUGCCUAUCCUUGUGAAGGCCACUUCAAACAAGCUUUUCGAGAUGUUGCUAUUUGCGGUAUCAACUACUAUCUCGAUAAUGUGUGCCAUAAGGUUUUACUAGACAUCCGUAAGCAAGUCCAUCAAUCGUACAUCGAGAAGUUAGUCCAAGAAAUGGGUCGAGUUCAUUUUGGCUCUGAGUCUGUCAGGAAGACCGGAUGCUCUCACAUUCGGAUCAAAAAUUUUACUGAUGGUAGUAGAAUCAAAGAAGGUAAUUCCUAUAUGAUGCAGAAGGAGUUAACACCUCUGGACUUGAACAAGAUCAAAGCACGGAAUCGAUUCUUUGAUAAUAUGCGAAAUAGUUUUCACACAAACGACGAUUUUCCGAGGUGCAAAGAUCUAGUGCAGUAUCAUUCUACCACGAAGGAUGUAGCAAACUCUAGCCUCUCUUCCAAUGUAUCAUCAUCGACAAACCGUAAGAUCCCACGCGACGAGCGAACGUUAUUCGUGACAUUCUCUAACGGGCAUCCACUAAGUGAAGAACAGCUUCAAGCAUUUUUCAUGAGGUACUGAGUGUUAUGCAGUAGUUGAGAAAACUCUGAUUAUAGACUUCUUAUGAUUAUUCGAUACACAGGCACUUCGGAGAUGUUGAAAGGGUAUAUGCUCCAGAGCGAGCCGAUAACAAGCCUCCGCUUUACGCUCACGUAACAUUUUGCUCGCCGGCCACCCUGGUGCGAGUUCUUAAUGGCAAUGGCAAUGUCAAGGUGAAGUUUGUGAUAGAAG